AUGGAACAACGACUUGAAACUAUUCGAUCGCACGUACAAAAAUUGGUGGCUGUCCUAAACUCAGACGAACUUGUGAUUCUAAAUCGUAAUCAUGUAACCCUACAGACAUCUGAUCAAGAAGUCUCCGAAUACCUUCAGAUCCCUGAAAAAAAGACUGCGGCUGAGAAAAUUCAAGAAAGCAUGCCCAUUUACCUUCAUGAUUUAAAUCGCAGAAACCCAACAAGCCUUAUUCUUCCUUUUGAAACUCCAGGAGAAAAUUGGGAUGAAAAAUUAGCCUAUUCUUGCCAGGCAAUACUUGCUUUAGACGCGCGAAAAAAGUCGAAUGCUCAAACUCUAGAAGCCUACUAUCGAAUUGGAAAAAAAGGGAAAACUGUAUGGAAGAUCUCGAAGAGAGUUUAUCAAUUGUUUACCAUCCGUGGGGAAGGAUAUUUGUAUUUGGUAGAACAUAUUAAUAUCACCAUACUUGAAAAAAUGUAUGAUGAAGACUUCUCUGACCAAUUGUUAGAAGAGGCGCAGGCUCUGAGAAGAGAAGAAGUGAAUCUGGUGUUGACCGAUUCGCGGGAGCUCAUCCUUUCGAGAGAGGAAUGA